AUGGGGCACCCAGCAGUGGGUGCAGGGCAGGGUGCAGGUCCCCAACGCCGGGUGCAGGGCAGGACGGGGCACCCAGCAGUGGGUGCAGGGCAGGGUGCAGGUCCCCAGCGCCGGGUGCAGGACGGGGCACCCAGCACCCGGGGGGCCCCGCAGGGCGAGCGCUCGGCCGAGGACACGCUGGCGGCCUGGCGGCAGUACCGACGCGCCUGCGAGCUGCGGCUGCGGCACGACCCGCCGGCACCCGGCCCCGUCUGCAACCGCAGCUUCGACAUGUACGUGUGCUGGGGCGACGCGGCACCCAACAGCACCGCCAUGGCACCCUGCCCCUGGUACCUGCCCUGGCACCACCGAGUGCAGGGCGGCGUGGUGGCCCGGCGCUGCGGCGCGGACGCGCAGUGGGUGACGGACGAGUCGGGGCUGCCGUGGCGCGACCACGCGCAGUGCGAGGACCCGGAGCCGGAGCCGCCGCUGCAGCGUCAGGCCUGGCUGCUGGAGCAGUUCCGCCUCGUCUACACCGUGGGCUACUCCCUGUCGCUGGUGGCACUGCUGCUGGCGCUGCUGCUGCUGCUGCUGUUCAGGCGCCUGCGCUGCACCCGCAACUACAUCCACGCCAACCUGUUUGCCUCGUUCGUGCUGCGGGCGGGCGCCAUCCUGGCGCGGGACGCGCUGCUGCGGCGUCACCUGCCCCGCGCCCCCCCCGCCCCCCCCGCCCCCCGCGACUUCUUCCAGCUCCUCGGCGAGCAGGGGGCGGCGGGCUGCCGGGCGGCGCAGGCGCUGGCGCAGUACUGCGUGGGCGCCAACUACUCGUGGCUGCUGGUGGAGGGGCUGCACCUGCACGCGCUGCUGGCCCGCAUGGCCGCCCCCGAGGAGCGCUGCCUGCCCGCCUACCUGCUGCUCGGCUGGGGUGCCCCCGUGCUCUUCGUGGCGCCCUGGGUGGUCGUGCGCUACCUCUACGAGAACGAGCGGUGCUGGGAGCGCACGGACCGGGCUCCCUUCUGGUGGAUCAUCCGCUGCCCCAUCCUGCUCGCCGUGGCCGUGAACUUCGUGCUUUUUGUGCGCAUCCUCCGCAUCCUGGUAGCCAAGCUGCGGGCGCAGCAGCUGCGCUGCUCCGACUACCGCCUGCGGCUGGCGCGCUCGACGCUGACGCUGGUGCCGCUGCUGGGGGUGCACGAGGUGGCCUUCGCCCUGGUGGCCGAGGAGCCGGCGCGGGGGGCCCUGCGCCAGGGCCGCCUGCUGCUCCAGCUGCUCCUCUCCUCCUGCCAGGGCCUCAUCGUCAGCAUCCUCUACUGCUUCGUCAACAAGGAGGUGCAGGCCGAGGUGCGGCGCAGAUGGCGGCAGUGCCGCCCCGGCCCCCCCCGGCGCCCCCCCCCGGCACCCCCCUGCCCUCCGCCCCCCCCGCCGACACCUCCUGCUGAGGGGGCUGGGGGGGCCCAGCACCCUGGGGCCUGGGGGGGCUUGAGGGGGGGGGUCUAG